AUUUAACGCGAAUGUUGAGGAAACAGACGGUGUGUUGUUAUUUUUAGAUUUGUUGACUUAAAUCCUCCAUUACCCUGCCUUGCACCGAAGCCAUUGUAACUCUCGUUGUGACGUUUCUAAAAUGACAUCGGUCUGUGGAUCUAUCAGUUUGCACAUUUGUAAUCAGUGAAUAUCAUCGUUUUCCUAACAGCUGUUUCUAACAAAAGAUGUUAAAGAUUUUGCGACCUUACGUCUCCUGACAGCUGCCUAAAAUACGUGAAAGUGAAGACAGCUGUUAUGCCUAGCCAUGCAGACGCACAGAGGACUCCUCUUUAUCUGUUUUGGAUUCCUCGCGGUUUUCCUUCAGCUAGACUAUGCUGAGUGCACGCGGAUCAGGGGUACCUUCAAGACCAAGGAGUUCUUUCGAUUCCUGAUGAAGUUUGGUUUCCAAAAGGCAGAUCAACACACACAGAAGGAUUCUCAUGGAUAUAUCUUUGGGAAUGUUACGUCGCGUUCGAAUUUCUCUGCACCCAUCACCCUGGCAGUACUUGAUCGGGGCCACUUUUUGGAAUACUAUGGAAAUCGUACUGUGAGAGAUAAAAGUGCAGCAUGCUCACUAAUGUUUUCGACUCUCAAUCAAAGCUCGUAUGAUACACGAUGCAACGAGGAAGGCCAAGAUUAUCUAAGGAGAAUACCUUGUCCAAAAGGCAAAUUGUGCCCUGAUGAGGAUUCUUUAUGGAAUGUAGUGAAGGGAUAUCAAUUCACAUACAUCAUUAAAGAUUUCUUACAUCCACGAUUUUGGUAUAUGAGUAUGGUAGCUUGUUACAGAAAUAACACAACGUGCCAAUGGGAACACUAUGAUAAACACGAUGAAUUAGAUUAUGAUAUCUGGCUAGUAAAUGGCAAUCCUAAUACCAGUGGUCUCAAUAGCUUGACUUAUCAGUUCUCUUAUGACAGACAAAAUACGAUAGAACUGUAUCUAUUAUUUUUUAUUUGCUAUAUUAUUUUAGUACCACUACAGUUAUAUGCAGCUAGAAUGCAAAGACACCCAGUCACGAGACUGUUUACAGCAAGUUUAUUAUUAGAAUUUAUUGCAAUAUGUUUAAUAUUGAUACACGUGCUAAAAUUUGCAUUGGACGGUGUUGGUUAUGAACAACUAGAGGUUGCUGGUGACAUAUUUGACAUUCUCUCUCGUGCAUCAUUCAUGUUACUGUUACUUCUGCUUGCAAAAGGAUGGGCAGUCACACGAAUGGAAUUAACAUGGAAGCCUUUGGUCUUUGCCAUAUGGCUUUGCUAUGGUGUCGUACACAUUUUGCUGUAUGUCUGGAAUAUGACCGAAGUUGAUAUCAUUGAAGAUAUAGACGAAUAUCAAACAUGGCCUGGAUGGUUUAUCCUUUUAUUCCGUAGCGUUAUUAUGGUGUGGUUCUUAUACGAAUUACGAAAUACUAUGACAUACGAGCACAACACUCAAAAACUUAAUUUUCUCCUUCAUUUUGGAGCAUCGUCCUUGGUCUGGUUUAUCUACUUGCCCAUAAUAGCACUUAUAGCACUUCAAGUCAGUGCAUUAUGGAGGUUUAAAUUGUUACUUGGAAUUACCUACUCUGCUGACUGUUUUGCAUAUAUCGUAAUGGCCCAUUUGUUGUGGCCAACCAGAAGUGAACAGUAUUUCCUACUUGCACAGGGUGCUGACAAUGGGGAUGAACUUGACGAAUUCAACGAAGCUCCCCACGUAUUGAACAAUUAUGUAGAACCACCGGAACUUAGUAAAAUAAUUGCGUAAUGCUUUUAUUAAGGUAACGAGCGAACUAAAUUCUAACGCGAAACAAGAGAGUUAACGAUGUGAUGUACAUUUGCCAAAUGGUGAAAAUGGAUAGAAAUGAAAAUACUCCGACAUGCCGUAUUUGAGACUGAAGUACCUUGCACACCCUUUGAUCUGAUGUACGUUUGUUUGUCUUACGUCUCGAUUGUCAGGGUAGCACUUUAAUUAAAAAAAUUUUAAUCUAGGGCAAAAAAUAAGAUGAAGUAAACGACGUGUGUUACUUAUGAUAUGAUACUCAUUUUUUCAUUCGUCGUUGCUUUUUGAAUCCCAUUACUACAUUCGAUUCGUCAGAUUACCAAAAGUUACCUACUCUUGAGAAUGAACAGUGUCACAAAGUAUCAUUAAACGUGUGCAGGAAUAAAAAGUAAUAAUUAUCACUACGUGCAAUAAUAGUAAACACGUGUAUUGUGUACGUAUUACAAUUUUUUUCUUUUCACGUAAAACCAUUAUUAAAAUAAUUGAAUUGGUAUGGAUUCAUAUACCAUUAGACAUUCUUUGAAAUUAUAGCGAGUAGUCAUUGAGACAUAGCGCGUAUACAUGUUAACAAGUAAAUAGUAAUUCGUACUUUGUUCCUGAGGAUUAGAAUAUGUAUAUAUAUGUUUCAAGUUAGUGGACACUUUUAAAAGGGUAUUUGAAAUCUACGAAAAUGGGUUUUGCUCUCGAGUAUUAUGACACAUUAUUAUGCAUAAUUCGUGAGGUGCAGUUUUAGCUGAAAUUUUUAUGACUAUUCUUUAUUGAAAAAUACUUUUCACUUUUAAUCUACGACUUUCAUCCGACUUCUGUGUAAACGCAACUCGAUCGUUUUCAUCUUCUCUCUCUUCUCUUCUGGCAUUCUUCAGUAACACGUGCACAAAAAUGGCGCGUGAAAACGUGAAACAUCGUGCUUUGACAAUUAUCUAUUUAUUUAUAAAUAAAUCACGGAAUAAGCGAUAGCAUCGUCUGUCUAUUCCAAUUAACGAAACGGAUCAUUUUAUAAUGCGUGAAAUGUGAAUCAGAGCCCAAGAUUAAAAACAAAGAAGAUCAAUCGAGGAACGUAGAAUUCCAUUUCACUUUCGCACACUUUUCCUACAACGUUGUUGCUCAAAACUUAUAAUGAAAUAAAUGGUAAUAUUAGGAAGUAUAUUAUUUGUUUAAAAAAUAAAAAUGUGAGCCCUACGAUACGGUAAUAGGGUCGGUGCGAUAUUUUUAGUCUCUUGAUAUUUUUAGUAUUAAUAAAUAAAUGGUUAAAAUACCAAUUUCGGUAUGGAGAUCUAAACAUCUGUAUAAUCGUAGCAAUAGAGACAGUGGAGAUCGAUGAAAACGCGAUUAUCUAGAAUGUUAUGGCAAACGAAGCUAUUUGACAAAUUUGUUCCUCGUGGCAAAUAAAAUAAAAGAAAUAAAAAUUUAUUUACACCCGAGGUAAAUGUAAUUUUUUAAUCGUCGCAUGUUUGCCAUCACAUAAAGUGUUUUCACGAGCACAUAGAUUUUAACUAACUAGUUUUAUAUAUUGUUACAUUCAACAUAAUGAUGCAUGGAUCGUUAUGCAAUUUAUAAAAUUACAUAGUAUUUCUUUAAUUUUUUUCUCUAUAAAGAGUAUGGACGACGAGAAACAAUAUUCUCGCGUUAUGUAAUGAUUGUUACAUGCUGCCAUUAUUGUGCGUACUGUGUAGGCAUUAAUCUAAUUAGGAGCAUGCAGAACGACGGAGAUCUAAUACCGUGCGAUCACAAAAUCGCGGCAUAUAAUCUACACUUACUUAUAUGUUUUUACUCGGAUAAUAGACACUACAUCUAUCACGUUAAGGGAUUAUUAUUUGUUACUUUUAAAUUUAUAAAUAAACGAAUUACAUCGACUAUAGAAUAAAA